CGCCAAACCCCUAAACCUCAUACAAUACAACAAUUCUACUCCUUCUCCUCCUCAACAACCGCCUCAGAAAUCGCCUCCGCCACCUCCGAUGUCGAAACACCACGCGCCACCGCCUAAGCCUCUGAUCAAGCACAAAUCGUGGUCUCCGGACGCCCACCGCGAUGAGGCCUGGCUUCGCCGGAAAGACAGUUAUAAAGCCGGUCGAGAAGUUAAUCGCAGUAAGAGCGUGUCUGACGAGGACAUGGAGGAUUUGAAGGCUUGUUUUGAGCUUGGAUUCGGGUUCGAUUCGCCUCAGUCGGAUCCUAAGCUAACGGAUACACUCCCUGCGUUAGGGUUAUAUUACGCUGUUCACAAGCAGUACAGCAAGAGCUUAUCUAGAUCUUCGUCGUCUUCUUCGAUAUGCUCCGAUACUGAAUUUGAUAACUCUAGCACCAUAAUCGAUCCAGGUGAUGAUUCAGAGAUGGUGAAGAUGAGAUUGAGGCAAUGGGCUCAGAUUGUUGCUUGCGGUGUACGGCAAUCCCCUUCCGGAUGAUUUCAAGAAGAAAAUUAUAUUAACAAAAAAUCAACAAUGUAUAGGUAUGUAGAGGAGAAAGAUGAGAAAGAUGUGUAUGCUUCGAUUAUUUAAUUGUUUAUUUUAUCAUUUUAAAUUCAUUCAUUUCAAUAUAUUUAUAUAAAUAUAUUCAUUUAAUUUAGAAAAUUUCAUUUUUAUGAGGCAA